GAUUUUAGAGAGAGAACUUCAAUUCUUUUGAGAAAAAAACGAAAAAGUCUUCUUUUUUGGUUUUAGUUAGAAUGGGAUUGAUAGUUGAGGUUGAUACCGUAGAAGAGGACGCCGCCGUUUUGGUCCCGCCGCCGAACUUCUCAAUGGUGGAGGACUGCAUUUUCCGAUCCAGUUUUCCCACUCCUUCCAAUUUCCCUUUUCUCCAAACCCUAAACCUUCGAUCCAUCAUAUACUUGUGUCCAGAGCCCUAUCCAGAAGAAAAUCUGGAGUUUCUUCGAUCGCAGAACAUUCGGCUCUUUCAAUUUGGAAUUGAGGGGAAGACGGAGGCUUCUUUACCUAUUCUGAGGGAUUCAAUUAUGGAGGCUCUAAAAGUUUUAAUUGAUGUGAGAAAUCACCCAGUUUUGAUUCAUUGCAAACGAGGAAAGCAUAGAACAGGUUGCCUUGUCGGCUGUUUGAGAAAAUUGCAGAAUUGGUGCCUAUCUUCUGUGUUUGAGGAGUACCAACGAUUUGCUGGUGCUAAAUCGAGGAAUGGAGAUUUAAUCUUUAUAGAUAGGUUUGACAUUGUAAGUCUGAAGCAGUGCCUUUACAGUAUCAUCUACCAGUAUCAAGGAUAUGGUUCGAAGAAGAGACGAUUGCUGUAUACAGACCAGAACUUGCAGAAACACCAACUGGCAUCCUUUUAG